AUGAUGACCAACUCUACAUAUGUUUCAUAUUUCACACUAAGUGCCUACUUUGACACCGGGGUUUUUAAAUACUUGUAUUUCCUGAUUGUUCUGACUUUUUAUAUUUGUAUUAUUGGUGCCAAUGUGUUGCUGCUUGUGGUUAUCUGUGUGAACAGAAGCUUACAUGAACCUAUGUACCUUUUUCUGUGCAGCCUGUUUGUAAAUGAACUGUUUGGUAGUACAGGGUUGUUUCCAUUCCUUCUGGUUCAGAUCCUCUCUGACGUUCACACUGUUUCUACUUCUUCUUGUUUCCUACAGAUUUUUUGUGUGUAUACAUAUGUUUGUGUGGAAUUUUUCAACUUAGCCGUCAUGUCUUAUGACAGAUAUCUUGCUAUCUGUUGUCCUCUGCAAUAUAACUCACGUAUGACGUCUAACAAGGUUACUGUGCUUAUUGCUCUCACAUGGUUAUUCCCUCUUCUUGCUAUUGUUGUUCUGAUUUCUUUGAGUGCGUCUUUACAGCUGUGUGGGAACAUCAUUAACAAAGUGUACUGUGGAAACUACUCUAUUGUUAAACUGGCCUGUUCUGACACCGGGGUCAAUAACAUUUAUGGACUAUUUUACACUGUUGUCUCAAUCAUCAUUCCUCUCCUUUUAAUCCUUUACACUUACAUUAAGAUCCUUAAAGUGUGUUUCUCUGGUUGUAAGCAGACGAGACAGAAAGCUGUCAGUACCUGCACACCUCACCUCGCUUCUCUGCUCAACUUCUCUUUCGGUGGUUUUUUUCAGAUAUUACAGAGCAGGUUUGAUAUGAACAGUGUCCCCAAUAUGUUGCGUAUUUUAUUGUCUUUGUACUUUCUAACAUGCCAGCCGCUCUUCACCCCAGUACUAUACGGGCUGAAAUUGUCCAAAAUCCGCAGCAUAUGUAAACGUCUGUUGUGUGGUGACGUGUAG